GCCUCAUCACUCACACACAGGAGAUCAGAGUGUGAGGAAAGAGCAGCUGUCGGCAGUGGGACGUAUGGCAAGGAGGGCUCCCUGAGGUUCUACAUCAGGUCAAGAAUUUUAGCUGCUGGUGGUGUUGUUUUGCAUUGCCUUUUAAGUCCCAAAGAAGAACCAGGUGACAUCCCACCUCACCUCAACCCCAUUUGCAAUCAUGCUUCACUCUCCCGCUCCACUGAAAACAGCACUGGCCUAUGAGUGCUUCCAGGAUCAGGCCAAUUCUACCCUCGCUUUGCCUUCAGAUCACAAGCUGAAGACAAGGGGCACAGGAAAACAAAGGGUCCAGGAGCAGGUGAUGAUGACAGUGAAGCGGCAGAAGCAAAAGACAUCGCUUUCAUCAGCAUCCAAUGCAGCAGGUCACUCCAACCGAGGUUCCUUGUAUGAUGGUGUAGCUGAUGGUUACAGCAGUUAUGGAACAGCCCGUGGAAGCUACUAUGCCAAAGCCCACACAGGAAAUAAUUGGGGCCACGCGAUGUACAAUGGGACCCUCAAAAGGGAACCCGCGGAGAACAAGCGCUACAGUUCAUACAGCCAAAUGGAUAGCUGGGCUGGGAGGAACUACAACAAGAUCUGCAGUCCUACUAGUCCUGGCAGUGAUUACUGCUUUGUACAGAAUAUGAAGAGUAGCCGGAGUGAGCCCGAUCUCUACUAUGACCCUCCACGGGGCACACUAAGGAGAAACCAGAGUGGAAGCCGUGUGAGUCACAAAGCCAGUUUGAAUCGCCACAGCCUCUACAGCACUACAUGCAAUAACCAGGGAAUUACAACUACUACAAGGACAAGCAAGAGAAUCCCAGUCCGCACUUCCUCUUACACUUCUACUAAUAAACAAGAUGUGGUCUAUGCUCAGCCUGUAGCUAGCAAACCAGAUGUGAUUUACGGACAGCCUCCUUCCAAUUCAAAAAUUACCCACGAUGAGAUGGAUUAUGGAGCCAUGACCAUCCAGAAAGCCAUUCAAUUCCUGUGUGCCUCAGAUGAGAAGUAUCAGGCCACAGGUGCUUACUACCUCCAGCACACCUGUUUUCAAGAUGAGUCUGCCAAGCAGGAGGUCUACCGACUUGGUGGCAUUUCCAAGCUCAUUGAACUUCUCCGUAGCCCAGAUGAAAAUGUGCAGCAGGCUUCAGCUGGAGCCCUUCGAAACUUAGUCUUCAGAAACCCAACAAACAAGUUAGAAACCCGUCGGCAGAAUGGAAUUCGGGAGUGUGUGAGCCUUCUGAGGAGGACUGGAAAUACAGAAAUACAGAAGCAGCUGACAGGUCUGCUCUGGAACCUUUCAUCCACUGAUGAACUGAAAGAAGAUUUGAUACAUGAUGCUCUCCCUGUUCUGACUGAUCGUGUGAUUAUUCCUUUUUCUGGAUGGUCUGAUGGUAUUAGUAACAGAUCAAGAGAAAUGGUUGACCCAGAGGUUUUCUUCAAUGCCACUGGCUGCUUGAGGAACUUGAGUUCUGCAGAUGUUGGACGCCAAACCAUGAGAAACUACCCUGGACUGAUUGACUCUGUAAUGACUUAUUCCCAGAACUGCGUGGCUGCCAAUCGACCAGAUGAUAAGUCUGUGGAGAAUUGCAUCUGUAUCUUGCAUAAUCUGUCUUACCGCCUGGAUGCUGAGGUGCCGAAUAAAUACACACAGCUUAACCAUAUGGCCAGGAGCACUUACACAGACAAAAGCUUGACAGGAUGCUUCAAUAACAGAGGAGGGAAAAUGGAGUAUGAUGAAUUUGAUCUACCUCUUCCGGAAGAGGAUUAUAAACCCAGAGGGUCCAGCUGGUUGUACCACUCCGAUGCCAUUCGCACGUAUUUGUCUCUAAUGGAUCAGAGCAAGAAGGAUGCCACCUUGGAGGCUUGUGCUGGAGCUCUGCAAAAUCUGACUGCAAGCAGAGGACUGAUGUCAAAUGCAAUGAGUCAACUGAUUGCUUUAAAGGAGAAAGGUUUGCCCCGCAUAGCACGCCUCCUGCAAUCCAACAAUUCUGAAGUUGUCCGAUCUGGAACAUCCUUAUUGAGCAAUAUGUCCCGACACCCUGUUCUCCACAAAACUAUGGCUCACCAGGUGCUCCCAGAUGUGACUCGUCUUCUAGCUCUCACGGCCCCAGGUUCCCCCAACUAUGGGGACACAAUGACAUCUGCUUGCUAUGCCCUGAGGAACCUAAUGAUAUCCAACCCACAGAUGGCCAAGCCUUAUCUGACUGGCAGCUUGAUAAAUAAUGUUGUGGGCCUUUGCCGAAAUGGAUCCUAUCCUAAAGCAGCUGAAGCAGCCCGCUUGCUACUGUCCGACCUGUGGUCAAACAGAGAGCUUCAGUCUAUACUAAAACAGCAAGGAUAUGACAAGAAUAUGAUGGGAUCCUUAACAGGAAGCACUUUGAGGAAUUUGUCUUCCAGAUUCUAAGAAAGCAUCUUCAUAACAUAAUUGGAUUGCAGAAUUUGUAACUGGUUCCUGUUUGGAGACCCAAAUCUUCAAGGAAUUAGUUAAGACAUUAAAAUGCAUACACAAUGUUUUGAGAAUUAGUUCCAUUGUAAAACUUGGUAUGGAAACUGUAUACCUGAUUAUAGGUAUCUUAAAAUGUUUAAAUGUGGGGUUUUUUUUUCUUUCGGUGAGGGUUGGAUUGGGUUGGGUUUGGGGAUUUGAGGUUAAUGUUACUUUUUAUUCUUGUAAAAAGAGGGGGACUUAUAACUUCAAAAAAAAAACGCCCAAUAUGGACUUCAUCACACGCAAUAAAAUCAGCAAUCUACAAAUUUAAGAAACAGCUACCGACAGAGCCCAUCGCAUGAUGCAAGCUUAUAUUUCACCAUUUCUAAAGUGUUGUUUUUUUCUACACUGCUUAAGCCAAUUAGCAAUAAACUUCUUUUUCAGUUCCCCACAUAGAGAUGUGUAAAGAAGCCCAAUUUAACAUGUGAAUGGGAAUUCCCCCUUGUGCACUCGUAAACAUAACAAUGAUUUCAUCAUGGAGGGAGGAGCCGAGAUCGACAGUAUUGAUUUCUUUCUUCUGCCAUUGCCAUUUUGGGACUGAGGAAGAAGAAAUGGUGAUUUGUAUCUCUUUUUAAAUGUAAAAAGUUAAAAAGUACUUCCACAAGACAAAACACGGAGGAUUUUUUUUCUAUCCAAAGAAAAUGGGGGAGGAAGAAGAAACAUGUCUCUUGUGUGAUGAGACAGCAAAUUGAUAAUUUGAAAAGAAAGUGGAAAGAGGGAAACCAUGUGGUGGGGGUAGGAAAAUCAUCCAUUUAAUUUCCAAACAGGGAGUUGUGAUGCUUAAGGGGAAAGCAAUGAUCCCAAAUGCUUUACUUAUCCUGUGGGAUGAAGUCCUAAGUUAGGUACUUAAUUUCCCACCUGGUAUCAGACUUUAGUCCUAAGGAACUUUGAGGGGGACUACUUUGUUCUAAAAGUUUACAUAUAAUCAACAUAUGUAAGGACAGGCUUCUCAGACUUUACAUUUUUAUAUUUUAUUGGACUGCGCCAUCCCACGUAUUUAGUGAUUAGACAUGCAGGCUGAAGAUAACAGAAAUUUUAGUUCAGUACCCUCAAGGGAUUUAAUAUUCGGUAAGUUUGAUAUAGGGAAGGAGAAUCAGAAUUACAGUGUAUUUGAGUGUCAUAUAUGUUUCUGCAAGUUCAAUCCAAUGUUCAUUUACUUGGAAAUAAGUCCUAUUGGGUUCAGUUGGAAUUAUGCAUCUGCAAGUAUGUGAAGUAGUGGAAGUCUAAGGCUGUAGUGCUAUGCCCUCUUACUUGUGGAAAAAUCCUGUUGAACACAAUGGGGCUUCCAUGAGGGCAAACAUAUAUAGACACAUGCGAUAAGCAUUUUUAAUUCAUCCGUUUUAAGAAAUUGUAUAAAAUUACUAACAUCCUAGGUGUUUAUUUCAUUGUCAGUGGCCAUUAUACACAAAUAUUUAGCAUACUGCUCUUAUUUUAGAUUGCUAAGUUUCUUCCUCCCCACCCCAAACUUUAUUGGCAUCAUGUCCCCCCCCCCCUCUGCAUUUCUCUAUCAGGUCUACUUUUAUAUUCCACUCUAUUGCUAGGCAUUUGUUUUGUUAUAGAUUUUAGUUUUUAAAACCCAAGAAGCAAAUUCAUGUUGGACAUUUUUUUUCUUGAAUAAGUUCUUGAUAUUUUUUAAAAACUUUAUUUUUAUACUAUAUAUAAGAAUUGGGGAUUGUUGAACACUGGGACUCCCAAAGUAAUGCUUAAUUGGGGGUUUAAACUACCAUAUAGUUCUGUAUGGCUCUGAAAAAGGUAUUCAGUGAAACAGCUCUGUCAAGUUCAGAAGCUCAGAUAGAAGAUAAAUUGACAUAAACUACUUUUCAGUGUCUUUUCUAAAAGUUACCUGUAGGAACUGUAAUGAAAUAGUAUUAACAAGAAAUGAAUGAAAUAGAACUACCUAUUAUUGAAGUAUUUUAAAUGCUUGAUACACAACAAGAUGUAUUUCGUUUUAUUUUGACCAAUAAUUCUUAGGGCAUGGGGGAAAGGGGGAUGAUCACUUGUUUUAACCAAUGACUUUUUAUUGAGUCAUUAAAAUGUAAUUGCCCUCAUGCUUUCCAAAUACUAUGUCAGUCUUUAGUUCUUCUGUCAGAAGGGCUUCUUUUACAUGUUCCAGUGGCAUGUAACAAUUCUCUUAUGCUUUAUGUGGUUUUUUAAUGCAGGAGUUACUGUUUGGGGGAUAGGUCAGGAGGUUGAAUAGAUAGUUGGCAGCUUAAACCCACCUUUCUCGUUAUAGCUAGAGAAAUGCACAGGGCACAUGCAGAUUUGCACUGCUACAAAUUGGAGAGGAAAUUUUAAACAUUAUUCUUCAUCCACAUCUUCACCCCAUGGUCUAAAAAAAGGAAAAUGGCGUUCCACAGUCAUACCUAACUAAAAACAAAAACAGUACACUAAAUCUGGUUGUUAUUUUUUAAAGAAUAGAUCCUUUGAAUUAAGAAGGUCUAUUCUAUGCUGAAUUAGCAGUUGGAUUUGGGCCUAUAUUUUUCACAUAGUAAGUUAGUGAUUUUAUGUAGAUAGGUUCACUUGAGAAAGUUAAAGGAAGGAAAGACACCAACCUUCAUCUUCCCACUGACAACCAUUUAUGUCCUCUGGGAAAUUUCUCUGGAGAGGUUGGGGGACAUUUUCCUGAGGAAUGUAAAAUAGGGCACAGAAAGCUACUGGAUGGGGUGGGUAUUGCCCUGUGUCAGACUUAUCUGAAUAAUGCAUACCUGAAUAAAUACACCCUGAGUGAGCAGAGAGUGGCUAAGUAGGUGACUAGGAAAAUAAUAGCUACAGGCUGAAGAAACAUAAACUUUAGGAAGCAGUAGGGUUUGGGAAAAGAAGACUGGAACAGGAAGUGGUUCAGAAUAGGGACGAGGAAGAGAAGGGGUUGAGAAGGAGGCAGUUGAGAGGCAAACAGAGAGGGAUGGGUGGGCAUUGCCUAAAAAUCCAAAGAAGAAGAAAUAUUAAAUGUAUUUAGUAUUAUUUUUUGCAAUAAUCAAUCAAUGUCUUUGGGAAUCGGUGUUCAGACACUAACUGGUGAACUUUUCCUAGCUCUAAAUUAGAUUGUAUUUCAUCUCUUAUGUUGUGCACUGGGACUGUAGAACUUUGACAGCAAUGUUGCUGCCGUUGUUAGUCCCCACAAUACCCCAAUAUAAAUAUUGUUCUGGAGCAUUUUGGGAAGUUGCCUGGAGCUGAUUGGGACCACAAAAUGAUAAUAUUUUUAAGGAGGGAGGACUAUGUGCUGGGAACCCAACAACUGCCUGAGAAUACUGUUUUAUGAUGCCAGGUGUGGUAAUAAACAAAAUAUUUAACAUUAGAUUCUUCAUAAUAAUAAAGUGAUAAAAUCUAUUGGCAUAUUUUAUGCAUUAAUAUAUUUACACAUACAUUGAUUUGGCUAUGUUGACAAAAUUAUUUGGUGUAACAGUAGUGAUAUCAACAUAUCUGUGACUUUCUAGGUUAAUAAAAGGCUUUGGUGCAACUAGUUAAUGAUCAAAUGAACAAGAUGCACCAUUUAUGUAUGUUUCCUCUCUGUAAUCCAGUCCCAUAAAUGUUUGUAUGUAAGAGUUAUAUACAAGUAGUUAUGUCAACAGUUCUAUGAUGGUUCAUGUUUUUUAUGUUAUUAAGUCCUUGUUGUCACAUAUCCCUAGAUCUAGUGUAUGUAUUAUUUGGCAAUCUAUAUUGAAAGGACGAAAUAUGUGACUCUGGAAUACUAUUUGGAAGGAUGGGCUGAACCCAACAAGCAAAUUGUAAGAAUCAUGAUAUUUGCAUAGGACAUGGCUCACCUAAAUAAAUGGCGUGCCUGAUUUUUUUAAUGCAAUACAACUGUUUGGUUAACUCCUGACACAAUAAAUAAAUAACAGCAAAAGCAAAUGGUAUUUUUGUUAUAAGGACUUGCUUUUUUAUGUCUUACAAAGUGCUAGUGAAAGGAUGUUGUGGGUAUCCAAUACAUCAUUUCAGAAGACACAAGCAGAACAAAAAAAAAUGAACUUUUUCCAGCUUUAGUCCUUUUUUGUAUUGCUUAUACUUACUACUUUUCUAACACCACAAUGACCACUAAUUCAUCUAUGCAGUUAUACAAAGUAUUUUGUAAGAUAUAUGUGUGAGAAUCCCAUUUCAGCAUUGUUUUUCCUUUACUGUAUAUGUAUUUGCUUCAUUGUAACACUAAGAUCAAUAAAGUGCUGGAAGUUAAGUUUUCA